UUUUUUUUUUUUUUUUUUGGCUUCUGGAAAAUAAAUUGCAAAUUUAAGUGAAACGAACAACCCCAUAUCAGAAUUCCGUCCUAUAAGCUUAGAAUAGGCCCGAGUGCACGAAAUCCCAAAUCCCAGUACUUUUCCAUCCACGAUUCAAAACGAAGCCAAUCCACAUAGACGAUUAGAAGAAGACGAAUGAUGCUGCCCACCUGCUCAGUUCCACACAAUGAGAUUCAACCUUUUCACAUCUUAAAUGGGCUUCAAGAACUCGCCCAAACACGCAAUUUCAAGGCAUGGUUCUUAGAUCAGUUUGGAGUCCUUCAUGAUGGGAAACAGCCUUAUCCAGGCACAAUUUCUACAUUAGAAAACCUAGCAAAAAGUGGUGCAAAGAUGGUGAUUAUAAGUAAUUCCUCAAGGCGCUCAUCAACGACCAUGGAGAAAAUGAAAAGCCUUGGGUUUGAUCCCUCUCUCUUUGUUGGAGCAAUUACCAGUGGCGAAUUAACACAUCAGAACCUGCAGAGGAGAGAUGAUGCUUGGUUUGCAGCACUUGGAAGAUCUUGCAUUCACAUGACCUGGAGUGACCGAGGUGCUAUAUCUCUUGAGGGCCUAGAAUUACAGGUCGUGGAAAAUGUUGAAGAAGCAGAAUUCAUCUUGGCUCAUGGCACCGAAGCCUUGGGACAUCCUUCUGGUGCUGCUAGUCCCAAGAAGCUUGAGGAACUUGAGAAUAUCUUGGAACGCUGUGCUGCUAAAAGCAUUCCAAUGGUGGUAGCCAAUCCAGAUUUUGUGACUGUUGAGGCAAGGGCUUUGCGAUUAAUGCCUGGAUCUCUGGCUGCCAAAUAUAAAGAGCUUGGAGGUGAAGUGAAAUGGAUGGGCAAGCCUGAUGAGAUGAUUUACAAAUCAGCGAUGGCCAUGGCUGGUGUAGAUGCUUCUGAUUCUAUUGCAGUUGGAGAUUCUCUCCACCAUGACAUUAAGGGUGCAAAUGAAGCUGGAAUUCAAUCAGUUUUCAUCACAGGUGGGAUCCAUGCAACUGAACUUGGACUUGGGAGUUUCGGAGACAUUGCAGAUUUAUCUUUAGUUCAAGCUCUUGCUUCCAAAUAUGAUGCGUAUCCAUCAUAUGUGUUGCCUGCGUUUUGUUGGUAGAAUCUAAUGUAGCCAAGCAAUCAAAAUUUCUUGUCAUUUACGUUGUAUUAGCUAUCAAUUUAUUUCAUAUAAUUAUAAUUGAAAAAUAGUCUCUAUUGGUGAUAAAGUUGUUCUACCGUCAGGUUGAGUGAUUGAUAUGGAAUUUUAUCGGCUGGAAAUCAUUUUGAACAGAAGAAACUAAAAAGUUGCACGAUGCACUUUAUUUGGUGCGUAAUUAUUUGCGCAUUAGACACUGAGAUAAUGAACGAUCUUCUCUUUUUUAUAAAUUUCAAUGAGCAAGUAUUCUCUCAA